AAACAACAACAUAACCUCUUAAUUAAAAUGCGAACAAUUUUAAAAACGUGAAAUAUUUUACAUUAGUGCUAAUAAAUUGUAAAAUUAACGACAUAAAAUGGAAAUAGAAGAAGAAGAACGAAGCAAAAUACGAGAAAAUAUAUCCAAUUUGAGUUUCGAAGAACUUUUAAAACUAAAAGAAGAAAUAGGCUCAAAAACCUUCAACGACACAUUAUUUAACUCGUCCAGUACGGGCAAUAAGCGUAAGAAACUCCAAAUCAAACGUGUGAAUAAAAAUCGACCCAGAGAAGUUAGUUCUAAGAUAAAAGUACCUACUAAAUUACGUUCGGAAGUUAAUGUUGUUCCGGUGGUUGCGAAAACUAGUGUGCCCAGAGAUCCCAGAUUUGAUCCUUUAUGUGGCCAAUUCGAUAGAGACUUGUUCAAAACUAAUUACAGUUUCGUAAAUGAUAUCAGAUUAAAUGAAAAACGCGAAUUAGAAGAAAAAUUAGAAAAUUGUGAUGACCCCGCAGAAAGAAAGACCAUUAAGCUGUUAUUACAAAGAGUGAAAAACCAAAUUAGAGAAAGUGAGAGGACAGAAAAGGAGGAGUUCGUCAAAAAGCAAGAGUCUAAUGAAAUAAGAGAAAAAUUGAAAAAAGGAGAAAAGCCGGAAUAUAAAAAGAAAUCUGUCAAAAAGCUGGAGAAUUUGAUAGAGAAAUACGAAGACUUGAAGAAAUCUAAUAAGAUACAUAAACAUAUCGAGAAGAAGUCGAAGAAAAUAGCGCAGAAAGAGAAAAGAGAAAAUAAGAUGGAUGAAUUUUAAGUUUUUGUUUAAGAUAUAAUUAGAUAUUUCAUUUCCUGCACCUAUCUCGAUAAAUAAAUAAUUUGUCAA